CUCAUCCAACAUAAAUUUGCCACAGAAACCGGUUUGUCAGUCUCCUCGGGGGAAGCGAGCGAGGUGCAUGUAUGACACUGCCAGAGAGACAGUGGAGACGGGGGAGACAAAAGUAGAGAGAGAGAAACGAGCGAGCGUGUGACACGUUGGCUUUAAGUGUGAGGGACAGUACAGAUAGCGGUGAUUAUUUUCAGGUAUACCUGAAGAUACAUGUACCCGACUAUAAAACUAAGACACCCAGUUUGCAUUCCUCUUUGGGUUGGCAGAACACAGUGUGGGGAGGAAACACCAUCUAAUGAUCAAAGAGUAUCAUGAUGAGUGAAGGUUCUCUGUCUGAUUCAUUCCAGGAGCACGGCUAAGCGCCACACCAAGACCACCACCACAGCCUACCCCUUCCAGAGGCCAUGGAGGAAGCCAAGGUCACAGAAGUUCCCCACCUGGAGCGGAGGGUCAGGAAGCGGAAAGAGCACAUGGCCCUCCUGAAGACCAAGCUGAGCCGUAGCCUGUCCUGCUCCAUGCCCAGGGUCAAGACAACCCUGACUGGAUUAUUCCCUGUGGUGCUCUGGCUGCCCAAGUACAAGCUGAAAGAGUAUAUCUGGGGUGAUCUAAUGUCGGGCCUCGUUAUAGGCAUCAUCCUGGUCCCUCAGGCCAUCGCCUACUGUCUGCUGGCCGGAGUAGACCCCAUCUAUGGCCUCUACACUUCCUUCUUCGCCAACAUCAUCUACUUCUUCAUGGGGACCUCCAGGCACGUGUCUGUGGGCAUAUUCAGCCUGAUGAGCCUUAUGGUGGGCCAAGUGGUGGACAGAGAGGUGUAUAUGGCAGGGUUCGAUUUGGAUGACACCAAAGCAGAUGGAAUCUUGAAUGUGACAGUUGACUCAGACAGCUCAGCCGUCAACCUGACCAUGGGGGCCUUCGGCAUGGAAUGUGGGAAAGAAUGUUAUGCCAUCAGUAUCGCAGCAGCCAUGACAUUUUUGGUUGGGAUUUACCAGGUAUUGAUGGCUGUGUUCAGACUGGGCUUUGUCUCCGUCUAUCUCUCUGCCCCCAUGCUGGACGGCUUCGCCACUGGCGCCUCGUUCACCAUCCUCACCGUCCAAGCCAAGUACCUCCUGGGGCUCAAGAUCCCUCGCCACCAGGGCUAUGGAACAGUGGUGGUCACCUGGAUCAACAUCUUAAGCAACAUCCAGAAUACCAACUACUGUGACCUGAUCACCAGUGCCAUCUGCAUCUCCGUCCUGGUGGCGGGGAAGGAGCUCCAAGAGCGCGUCAAGGACCGUCUUAAGAUCCCCCUGCCCACAGAGCUGGUGGUGGUGGCGAUCGCUACACUGGCGUCCCACUUUGGAGACUUUCAUAGACGGUACGACUCCAAUGUCUCUGGGGCUAUCCCCACAGGCUUCAUCCCCCCUAAGGUGCCCAGUUUUGGGUUGAUGCCCAGGGUGGCCUUCGACGCCAUCCCACUGGCUGUGAUCAGCUUUGCCUUCACGGUUUCCCUCUCUGAGAUGUUUGCCAAGAAGAACGGCUACACCGUUCGCCCCAACCAGGAGAUGAUGGCCAUUGCUUUCUGUAACAUCAUCCCUUCUUUCUUCCACUGUUUUACCACCAGCGCUGCCCUGGCUAAGACUAUGGUGAAAGACUCCACGGGCUGCCAGACUCAGGUCUCCAGCAUUGUGAGUGCCUUCGUCGUUCUCCUGGUCCUACUCUUCUUUGCCCCUCUCUUUUACUCCCUCCAGAAGUGCGUCCUGGCCUGUAUCAUCAUCGUCAGCCUGAGGGGUGCGCUCCGUAAAUUCAGAGACGUGCCCAGCAAGUGGCGCAUCAGUAAGAUGGACGCUGUUGUCUGGAUGGUGACGAUGAGUGCCUCAGCUCUGAUCAGUGUGGAGAUGGGGCUGGUGGUUGGGGUAGUUUUCUCUAUGCUCUGUAUCAUCGUCCAGACCCAGAAGCCCAAGGUUUCUCUGCUGGGACAGAUCCAUGACACUGCCCACUACGAGGAUAUGGAGGAGUAUGAAAACCUCAUGUCUCUCCCUAAAGUAAAGAUCUUCCGUUUCCAGGCCCCGCUGUAUUAUGCAAACAAUGACUUCUUCCUGAAGUCCCUGUACAAAGCCGUGGGCUUGGCACCUUUCCUGGAGAUGACCAGGAGGAGGAAAGCAGAGAAAAAAGGGGAAACACUGGCAGCGAAGGAGGCUGGGAGAGCCGACAAGACUAAUGGAGAGGUAAAGGUAGGGCUGGGUUCCAGAGAACUUGACUUACAUACGAUCAUCCUAGACUGCUCUGCCAUGCCCUUCAUAGACUCAACAGGGAUGCAAACCUUCAAAGGGAUCCUUAAAGACUAUAAGGAGGUGGGUGUCACGGUGCUGCUAGCGAGCUGCAACACCACGGUCAUAGAUUCUCUCAGUCAAGGCUCUUUCUUUGGGAAGGCUGACAAAGACAUGGAAAACUUGUCAUUUUACACUGUACAUGCUGCAGUUCGAUUUGCCAAUGACAGGGCAGCUUCUACAUCAGAGCUCUCCUACCCAGUUCCUCGAGAGCUACCGUCCUGUAGGUUUUCGAUCCAACCCUAAUCUAGCACAGUUGUUAGUUGAUAAACUGAAUCAAGUUAGUUAAAACUGGGGUUGGAGUAAAAACCUACAGGAGGCCAGCUCUCUAGGAACAGAGUUGGAGAACCCCGAUCUACAUCCAUUGGUGACGCACAGAAAGGUUGGUGGCACUUUCAUUGGGGAGGACAGGCUCGUGGUAAUGUCUGGAGCGGAAUCAGUGGAAUGCGACCAAAUACAUCAAACACAUGGUUUCCAUGUAUUUGAUGCCAUUCCAUUUGUUGCGUUCCGGGCAUUAUUAUGAGCCGUCUUCCCCUCCGCAACCUCCACUAGACUAGAGCCAUAUAUAUUCAAAUACAUGGAAAUGGAAAUAAAUGGCUCUGGUGUAGACUGAGACAGAAGAACAAGGUUUUUUUAAUGUGAGGGAGAAUGAGUAGUUGAAGAGUUAAAUAGUGUAUGUAUGCAAGAUUAUGAAAGAUAAAGUGAGCAAACAGCAUCACUGGUAAUUUUGCUCCUCACUUAGAGGCAUGAAUACAUAAUGUUUUACAUUUUAAUAAAUGAAUAUGCUGAUUAAGAAUCCUCAAAUGGAAUAAUACCAAAAGGGAAGUGUUUGGAGGGAAAUUUUACUUGACUCCUCAAUCAAUACAUAACAUACAGCUACAGUUAACAGUAUUGAACUUUUCAACAACAAAAUAUUCCCUUAAUGUUAUACUUGAAUUAUAAGACAAGCAAGCUUUUGUACAGUGAUGACCAUGUGUCAGUGAUACUGUUAAUGCGCUGGAUGUUUUAUCAGGGAUUUAUGAUUGACCAUCCAAUUAAUAAUCAAGGGAGUAUCAAUAUAUUUUAUGUUACAUUUUGAGUUUGGCCAGGACAGAUUCAACGUAACAUAGUCCAUUUCGACUUCACAAUUUAUUUUCUAAAACACAACCUAUGGUUACUAAUCCAAUAUGUUACCUCAAGAUGUACAAUAUUAGUUGACUUUUCAGAUUAAUUUUUGAAGUUUGGAAUCUCAUCAAAUAAUUAAAUUCCCAUUUAAUAUUUCUUAAAAUCUGUACAUUUGAGUUACCAAAAGAAACAAUAAUUUUGUAUAUUUAUACAGUAUCUGGAAAUCCAUGGUUUAAUAAACUAUUACAAUACA